AUGGAUUCCUUUGCUACCAGCACCGCCGCGUUCGAGAGCUGGCUUCAUAGACAUUACGACUACAUCAGCGAUGACAUUGAAAUUGCAGACCUGAGAAAUUCGCACGAGGGACGCGGUUUGCGGGCGCGCAAUGACAUCCAGAAAGACACUGUUCUGUUCCGUCUGGCAAGAGAUCACAUACUAAAUAUUCGCACAGCAGCUUUGGGCAAGCUCAAACCGGGAAACCAAGAGGUUCUUGAGACCCUGAACCAGUGGGAGGCUCUCAUUUUGUGCUUGGCAUACGAGAUGAUGCUAGGCGAGGAGUCUCAAUGGAGCUCCUAUUUGGCAGUUCUGCCUGAAAAAUUCAACUCGCUAAUGUUUUGGUCGUCCGAGGAGCUUGAAAAAUUGAAGCCAUCCAACGUUUUGCAGAGGAUAGGACGCGAACAGGCCGAGCAGAUGUACUCCAAGCUUGUGCCUGAGUAUUGCUUGCGCCUGGGAAGCAAGAAAUUGGUGGAAUAUUUGACUUUGGACCGGUUCCAUGUGGUGGCAAGCAUAAUCAUGAGCUACUCGUUUGAUGUUGACGAUCCCGAGGACGACCCCGAGGACGAUGCUCAAGACGGGGAGGAUGAAGAGGAAGAACUCGAAAUAGAUCAGGAAUGCAUCAAGUACGACGGUUAUCUGAAGUCGAUGGUUCCACUUGCCGAUACUCUGAACUCAAAUACGCAUUUGGUGAAUGCGAACCUGAGCUACGAAAACGACGCGCUGGUUAUGACUGCUACUAAGGACAUCAAAGAAGGAGAGCAAAUUUAUAACAUCUAUGGUGAACUGCCUAACUCCGAGAUUCUGCGAAAGUACGGCUAUGUGGAGCUUCCUGCUUCCAAGUACGAAUUUGCUGAGCUGCCUCUGACGGUGAUCAAGCAGACGUUUGUGGAGAACUAUCUCUCGUCGAUGGACCGCAAAAUCAGAGAAGCGCUAUUCGACAAGACUGCCGGACUGAUCAGCGAGUCCGAGUACUUGGACGAAAGUCUGGAAGACCAGGACGGGGGUAUUGUUUUGGACGCGUACGAGGUAUUUGCCGAUGCCGACGUGCUGCCUGAGCUCUUGCUAUUAGUCCAGAUCCUGACGACCUUCUAUGAGAGUGUUGAGACGGACUCGAAGUGGGCCAAGAAACUUGCGAGAACGCGGUCUGAGCUGGAGGCGUUCAUCAACAGGUGCAUUCUGAAAUCGUUCCAGUUGGUGGAAAAGAAAAUUAUAACCAGCAAGUGCGUCGCGAAUCUUUAUAAAUGCGUCGAGGGACGCAUUGCCCAGUACGGCGCCGCCCAGGACUAUGAGAUUCCGGCCAGCUAUAGAGAAUUCGACCGCGCAGAGCUGGCUGCGAUCGUGCUGAGGUGCGAGGUGAACUGUCUGCGCAAUGUGCUCAACAACUUCCCAGAAAAAUACGAGCGCAUUGACGACUCCAAGCUGCUGAAAAACGUGCUCAAGCGCAAGGCCGAGGCAGAUGCACACAAGCACAAGAAGCAGAAACCUUAG